CUUCCUCUGCAUUCUCUCUCUCUCUCUCUCCCCGUGGUUCGCCAUAAAUUGUCCGAUUUGAUUUGAUUUCCUUUUCUCUCUCUCUCUCUCUCUCUCUCUCUCUGCGACGGGCGGGGGAGGGAAAAGAAAAGAAUCCAAAUGCGCCCCUCUCUGUCCCUCUCUCCCUCCAUCGUUGGCUUUCUUCCUCGUUUGUUCAUCAGACGACGCGAUGCGUCAGCCCUCGCCCUCCGCGCGAUCCGACUACCUGACCGCCCUCACUCUGCAAAUCCAGAAGAAGCUCCAGAGGGCCCUUGAUUCAAAGUCCCAGAGGGUUAACUUAUUGCAAGAGCUAUUUGCUGACAUAGCGUUAGAAAUAGAUCCCCGAGCUCAAGAGAUACUUCUCGGCAGGGAUGAAGAUGAGAUUGCUUUAGCAGAUAAUAGUGGCAGAGUCCUGUGCUUCUAUGAAGUUCUUGCUGAGCAUUAUGCUAGCAACCAUGAAAAUGGGAAGCCAGUCUUGGAUCUGAUUGUCCUUCUGUGGAGCCAGUCAUUUUCAUCUCAUAUCUUUGCGCUUCUUUUCCACAAGUGGUUGUUUGAAAAUCCAGUUGAAAGCUAUGAGGGUGUCUUACGGUAUGCAGCAGCUCUUGUCCAAGGUGCCACCAAUGUUUUCUGGAUUGAUGUCCAAACAAACGCAAGGCGUUUUUUGUCUUUGUUCAAGUACCUGCUUGAUGAGGUUGCAUUGGCAACCCUGCGGUUGGAAAAAAUUCCUUUGCAGGCCCGACGAGACCUGUUUCUUUUACUUUCCAGGUUUCUCUUCUUUUAUGGUUUUGUUGAUAGGCUACAAACCUUUUUAAGCCAUUUUCCUGUAUUUCCAAAUGCAUUCUUAGUUGGUGGGCCAGCAGAUCUGUUUGUCAUUGAGCUAACCGAUCAGGUUCGGAAGUUGAAGGUGGAGCCUGUAUUGUUGCAUUACCUGUAUCACAUGAGAGCCCUACAGGGCUUGGAACUAAGGAUGACCACAAGCACCAGGAUGAAGUCAUGCCUUUACAGUUUUACAUCUCCUGGAGGUCCAAUGUAUCCAACAAGAGCUGUUCGUCAUGCAGCCUGGGAGGCCUUGGACAUACUAUUUCCUGUAGGGCGGCAUCUGCGGCUUCUGAUCAGCCUAUUUUUCCGGUUGCUGUAUCCAUGCUAUUGGCCUUCAUCGAUCUGGAAUUUUAUUGUCUCCUGCCUUGAAGCGAUUAUAUGCACGAUCCAGGGGCUUGUUUCUUCCACCUGGAUCAAGUUGAGGAAACCAAAAGGUAAAUGACACCGCUGAGUGAGAUUUAUCGUCAGGUGGCGUGAAUUUUGUAAAAUGGAUGUUGGUCAAAGUCGCCAUAUCCUUCUGAGAUGUACAUUAGUAAUAAGUAAACGUGCCUUGAAAUGCAAUUCGUGUAUGAAAGGUUCAUCUUGAAUCUUCA